GUAAAGAAUCUAGACCUGAGAGAAGGAUUGUCCUUUUUGGGAAGACAGGAGUUGGCAAGAGCAGCGCUGGGAAUACAAUCCUUAGAAAGCAAAUAUUCAAGAGUAAAGCUUCACCUACAUCGAUGACUGCAGAUUGUGUGAGUGGAAAUAGAAUGGCUUUUGGAAGAAAAAUCACUGUUAUUGAUACACCUGGAAUUUUUGACACGGUUGUUACAGAGGACGUCAUCAGAGCUGAAAUCAUUAAAUCCAUCACUGAAAUGGGUCCAAGUCCUGACAUGAUAGUAAUGAUUCUAAAGGUUUCAAGGUACACGAAACAAGAAAUGGAGAUUGUGGAUAUUAUGAAUUCAUAUUUUGAGCAGUGUGGUGAUAUCCUUAAACACAUUUCAGUUUUAUUCACUCACGGUGAAGAUCUAGAAGGUCAAACCAUUGAGGAAUUUGUGAAGGAGAGUCCAAAACUACAGCAGCUUGUUGAAAAAUGUGGAGGUCGCUGUCAUGUUAUUGACAACAAACACUGGAGAAAACGCUGGUGGGGUUACAGUAGCAACAGAGUUCAGGUGAAAAAGCUGUUGAGGACCUUCGAGAAGAAUCUGAAGGGAAGUGAGAAAGGCUGCUUUAACAAUGAGCUGCUUCAGAUGGUGGAGGAAGAAAUUCAAGAAGAGAUUGAAAAUAUAGAGGAUAAUUUGCAUGCAGAAGAGAAAAAAGGAAAAGCUAAAGAAAAUGUUUAUAAAAAACUUCUCAUUAGGCUUGCUGGAGUGACCACAGGGACACUGAUCGGUGCUUUCCUGGGCAUCGGCAUUGCAGUGGCAGCUGUUGUGGCUUUACUCAAAGCAGCAAAGUUUGCAUCAGUGGUGAAAGCCAUUGGGGUGGAAGCGGCUGCAGGUGCCAGCAUCGGAGCAGCAGUGAGUUCAGGAAUUGCUGCCGGUGUUCUCGGAGCUGCGGCUCUCGCAGGAGGUGUUGGAGGAGGAAUCACUGGAUACAAAGUGGCAGAAGAAGCUGAUUCUGUGGAAGAUGCUAUAAUAAAGGCAGCAAGAGCAAGCUGUGAGAAUGCAAAAAACAUUGUUGAAAUGGCAGAACUCCCAUGCUUUUUAAACACAAUAGAUGACAUUUGUGAAUAA